ACUACAGUGGCAAUUUGAUGAAUGGUGCUUCUUUAUCUUGUAGCAUAUGGUCAGCUUUCUCCUACUGUGUGCAGCAAGUGCGUAGUUAUGAUUACCGUCGCUAACUUUGCCUCCUUGAACUUCCCCCUCCAAUGCGGAAAGUUGCUUUUGCACUCCAUGCCUUUAAUGUUGAAACAGCAAGAGCCAUGGAUGUGGCUUCUGGUCCCAGGAUUGGGCUUAUGCGCCUCAUCUGGUGGCAGGAAGCUAUAGACAAAAUCUAUGCUAAAAAGUUAAGAGAGCACCCAAUAGCACUGGCUCUAUGAUCAGUGAUAUCUGAGAAUAAAAUUAGCAAGGGAUGGUUGAAAUGAUCUGUUGAUGCUCGGAUGAAUGAUGCAAGAAGAGAGGUUACUGAUGUUCCCUAAACCACUGAAGAGUUGGAGAAAUAUGCUGAGGAUACUGUAUCAACUAUUCUGUACAUGACACUUCAAGCUGUUGGUAUCAGUAAUCAGUCUACUGCAAGUGGCCUCCUUUUGCUGCCUAAGUCGCUACCUUACCAUGCCAAUCAUAACCAUCAUUUUUCUUACAUACCAACUAAAGUGGCUGCCAAACAUGGCUUGUUGGUGAAGGAGGGAGGUCCAUCAGAGAUCUGCUUAGAUUCUCUUGAGCGCCUAUGUGAUGCAGUCUUUGACAUGGCAUCUGUAGCUAAUAUCCAUUUACAGAAGGCUUGUGAACUAGCUGGAACAAUGCCAGCUGAGGCUCGCCCGGUGCUUCUACAGGUGGUUCCCGCCCAAGUUCUCUUGGACUCCCUAAGCCAGGUACUCUUUGAGGUAUUUGAUCCAAGAUUAUCAAGAGGGGUCUUGGGCAUUCUUCAUUUGUGGUAUCAACUUAAACUAAAGUGGUAUUCAUGGUGGGGGAAAUAUUGAGGCGUGGUUCUGGGCUUUUACCCGUUCCAACAAAAAAUUCUGUCAGGCUAGGAAGUUUUUGCAGAGUGAUUUAUAUGAAGCCUUAUAAAAGGCAUGGUAUGCGCGCUAAUGGUUUAGACUGGCAUGCAGAUC